AUGAACAACUUCGACGAUGAACAACAACAGAUACUGAAAGUCGGUAUACAGUGGCUCUUCGCACUCACAGUCGUUGCCGGGUUGGCCUGGUGCCACUUCCAGAAGGACAUCUCGCAGGAGACUGCCUAUGCAAUGUCUCAACUGGGCUCAGAGAAAGAGGACUGA